GCACCCUCCACAUCACCAACACACGCCCAGAGCAGCACACAGAGGAGGCACAGUGCUGAGAGUAGCAGAGACUCCGUGGAGCCAGACACACACAGUUCCCUCCGCUCAGGCUAAGGACGGAGCUCACAGAGAAGGAGGCGAAAACAGCCGCAAUAUUUGGAAACAUCGAAACAAGGAAGUUGGAUACAGAACACAGCAGAAAGCAUGUUCAGCUGGGUCAAACAGGAGCAGGGUGGCAGCAACAAAGAAGGAGAGAUGUACCAGACCGUUACGGAGGGACUGCAGACUCUCUACACCAAGAAGCUGCUGCCGCUGGAAGAGACCUACCUCUUCCAUGACUUCCACUCCCCGGCCCUAGAGGCUGCUGACUUCCAGAGUAAACCCAUGGUACUGCUGGUCGGCCAGUACUCCACUGGGAAAACCACCUUCAUCAGGUAUUUACUGGAACAAGAUUUCCCUGGGAUGCGGAUCGGUCCAGAGCCAACCACUGAUGGCUUUAUAGCAGUGAUGUAUGGUGAGAAUGAGGGGGUUGUCCCAGGCAAUGCUCUAGUCGUCGACCCCAAGAAACCCUUCAGGAAACUCAACGCGUUUGGAAACUCCUUCCUCAACAGGUUUAUUUGCUCCCAGAUGCCCAAUCAGGUUCUUCAGAGCAUCAGCAUCAUUGAUACUCCUGGUAUCCUGUCUGGAGAGAAACAACGAAUCAGCAGGGGUUAUGACUUUGCUGAGGUCCUGCGUUGGUUUGGAGAGCGAGUGGACCGGAUCAUUCUCCUCUUUGAUGCACACAAGCUGGACAUCUCAGAUGAGUUUUCAGAGGCCAUCAAAGCUUUCAAGGGUCAAGACGACAAGAUCCGAGUCGUCCUCAACAAGGCAGACCAGGUGGACACCCAACAACUCAUGCGGGUGUAUGGCGCCCUCAUGUGGUCACUGGGGAAGGUGAUCAACACUCCAGAGGUGGUGAGAGUUUAUCUCGGCUCCUUCUGGGCCAAACCGCUGCAAAACACAGAGAACAGGCGUCUGUUCGAGGCAGAGUCUCAGGACCUGUUCCGGGACAUCCAGAGUCUUCCGAGGAAUGCUGCUCUCCGUAAACUCAACGACUUGAUCAAGCGGGCGAGGCUGGCCAAGGUGCAUGCCUACAUUAUCAGCUACCUGAAGAAAGAGAUGCCAUCUCUGUUUGGGCGGGAAAAGAAGAAAGACGAACUGAUCCAGAGACUGCCGGAGAUCUACACCGUCCUACAGAGAGAGCACCACAUCAGCCCUGGAGACUUCCCCAAUGUCACUAAGAUGCAGGACAUGCUGCAGCACUAUGACUUCAGUAAGUUCCCAUCUCUGAAGGUGAAGCUGAUUGAGAAGGUGGAUAAGAUGUUAGCCUCAAAGAUUGCUGUUCUUAUGGCGAUGAUCCGGGAGGAGGAGGCCAAGCAGCCUCCUGCCAUGGUGUCAGGUGGUGCCUUUGAGGGCUCCCAGGAUGGGCCCUUUGGUCAGGGCUAUGGUGAGGGGAUCAGUGCUGGGGCCGACGCUGAAGACUGGAUUGUCAGCCGGGACAAACACCGUUACGAUGAGAUCUUCUACACUCUGAUGCCUGUCAACGGCAAGAUAACCGGCGUCAAUGCCAAGAAAGAGAUGAUGAACUCUCGGCUGCCCAACACUGUGCUGGGGAAGAUCUGGAAGCUGGCCGACUGUGACCAGGAUGGCAUGCUGGACGAUGAGGAGUUUGCCCUCGCUCAGCAUCUCAUCAAGAUCAAACUGGAGGGCUACGAGCUGCCCACUGAGCUCCCCAACCACCUGGUGCCCCCGUCCCACCGCAAAAAUCCUACUGCAGAUGCCUUGUACAAUCAUAUUGAGGACUAGAGUGCUCACAGGGCACCAGGCAAGCUGCUGAAGAGAGACUGAGCAGAGAAGAGGUGUAAAAAUGUAAAGAACCAUCACAGGUGAACAUGUCUGCUGCUGCUCGUUGAACAAACAGGAGAACAAAUGGGCCUCUAAUACUACAGAAGGUCAAAGGGUAAAGUUUUGUUGGAUACAUUCACUAAGACAAUGCAUUAGAGCCUAAUAAUGGUUGACAUUUUCAGGCAGCAGUCAAACAAAGCAUUUUUAUUUUGGUAAGAUUUUACAUAACGAGCAUUUCAGCUGAUUUAAAAGCAUUAAAGAAGAAAAGUGACAAAGUUCUUAUAAUAAUAGUUCUUAUAAUAUAGCCACAUUUGCCUAAUUCUGGUUUCACCAUUCACUUUCAUUUCUGAAGGAGGGCAAGUUCAUAUUCAUAUAUUCAUGUUUAACCUUGAAAACCGACUAUCAGAAGGUAACAGUUUGUGCUAGGGUGCAGUUUGUUAAUUUUACUGCCACAUAUUUCAAAGGACAUCGCUUGCACAAAACUUUAGAUGCAGGUUUAAAUAUUGCUGGUGUUUAAAGUGCCCAUAAUAUCCUUUCUGGAUUUUUCCCGAUCCUUCAAGCUGUUCCGCUUUUAUCCUAAAAGGUCUUCACAGUUAUACAACAAUGCCAGUUAUUCCUUCACAGAAAAACACUGCUAAACUGACUGAAACACCUGGCAGUCCAGGCUGUAACAAAUCUGCAUUCUGGUAAAAACAUUUGUAGCACUGUGGGAAUUUCGUCUUUAAAAGCUUUUAGAUAAAAAUACCAAAGAUGCGUUUUCAUGAUGACAGUAUGCAAAAAAAAAAAAAAAAAAAAAAAAGUUAAUGAAAAAUAAUUAAUAAAAUAUAACAUUUUAAACAAUCACAAUGGCUCCAGCAGCAUCACAACAAACUAAAGCUGGGGAGUAAAAGCUGACAUAGUAUGUAUUGUAAUCAGAAGCUGUAAUAUAGCUUUAUUCCCACUCCAUGUAGGCCUCACAGUGAGGUCAGAGGUCAUAAUCUGCAGCUCAGUGAUAAUUUGCUCACAGGGAUAAGCAGUGUCAGUAUGUGCUCAAUUGAUUCUGUUUCCUGACAUU